AUUAAAGUUCGGUGCUAGGUCAACACGCAUAGAGCAGUAGAAGCGUAUCCGCUUUGCUCGUUCGUUCAAAUCCAUUUCGUCGUUGCGUCUAAACUUCCGCGAGAAACGUCGCGUCGCGAGUUCCCCGAUCUCUGUCAUCGCGACUCGCCACGGUGAAAUUAAUUAAUUGUCACCACAUGCUCCUGAUACGGUGCCACCGUAAUUUCGAAAUUUGGUUGUUGUGAGGAUUUACGAUAACAUGAAUCUAGAGGAGUAUCGCAUACAUGGAAAAGAUAUGGUGGAUUACAUCGCCGAUUAUUUGGCGAACAUCCGAUCUCGGCGCGUUUACCCGGCGGUUUCACCAGGUUACCUAAGAAAUGUUCUUCCGACCUCGGCACCAGUAGACGGCGAAUCCUGGGACGACAUAUUCGCGGACAUCGAAAAAUGCAUCAUGCCAGGCGUAACGCAUUGGCAGAGUCCACACAUGCACGCCUAUUUUCCAGCUUUGAAUUCACCUGCUAGCUUGUUGGCUGACAUGCUGGCCGACGCAAUCAAUUGUCUUGGAUUUACUUGGGCUUCGAGUCCUGCGUGUACGGAACUAGAGACCAUCGUAAUGAAUUGGCUCGGCAAAAUGAUCGGCUUGCCAGAAGAAUUCUUGCACCGCCCUGGUGGAUCCGGAGGUGGUGGCGUGAUACAAACAACCGCAUCAGAAGCUACCCUCGUUUGCUUACUCGCAGCGAGAACCCGAGCCAUUAGAGAUGUACAGCAAAAUGAGCCAGACCGUUUACCCGCUGAGAUUAAUUCGCGUCUUGUUGCUUACUGUUCCGACCAAGCUCACUCGAGUGUAGAAAAGGCUGGAUUGAUAGGCUUGGUUCGGAUGAGAUAUAUCGAAGCCGAUGAUGAACUUAGUAUGAGAGGAGAUGGGCUGUUAGAAGCGAUAACGCAAGACCGAGCUGACGGUUUACUUCCGUUUUUUGUCUGCGCCACUUUGGGUACGACGGGUGCAUGUUCAUUUGACAAUCUCAAAGAAGUUGGACAAGUGUGUGAACAAAAUGGACUUUGGUUACAUGUGGAUGCCGCCUACGCUGGAAGUGCAUUCGUCUGUCCUGAAUUCCGUGGUUGGCUUCAAGGAAUAGAAUAUGCCGAUUCGAUUGCAUUUAAUCCUAGCAAAUGGCUGAUGGUGCAUUUCGACUGUACAGCCAUGUGGGUGAAAAGUAGCCAAGCACUGCACAGAACUUUCAAUGUAGAUCCAUUGUACCUGAAGCAUGAGAACUCAGGACUUGCUAUUGAUUACAUGCACUGGCAAAUUCCGUUGUCAAAGAGAUUUAGAGCGCUGAAACUGUGGUUCGUCAUUAGAAAUUACGGAAUCACCGGCCUUCAAAAGCAUAUUCGCGAGGGUGUUAGACUGGCACAAAAAUUCGAGGCGUUAGUUUUAGCUGACGCGCGCUUUGAGAUUCCUGCGACAAGACACUUAGGGCUCGUCGUGUUUCGUCUUCGCGGAGACAACAGUUUAACAGAGCGAUUGUUGAAAAAGAUGAACUCGAGGGGUCGCGUGCAUUGUGUACCAGCCGCUUUGCACGGGAAAUACGUGAUUAGAUUUACCGUUACAUCGACUAACACGACUAACGAAGACAUUCUAAGAGAUUGGGCCGAGAUAAGAAACACUGCUAAUGAAAUUUUGGGAGACACUUCAGCUUCGCCUGUACGAGCAAAAGUUCCACUCGCAGAAAGCUCAGAUACUCGAGAGAAGAACGAAAACUUUGGUUCGAGCUUGUUAUUGGCAAAUUCUCCGAUGUCACCGAAAAUUGUAAACGGCAGCUUCGCUGCGAUAUACGACACGGCAGAUAUUUUCGAGGGAUGUGCAAAAGCUUUUGGUCAGUUGCGACUUGAAGCUCGGGAUAGCCCAGCGAUGCGACGUCGAAUUCGAGGAAUAUUAAUGUCAGGAAAGCAAUUUUCAUUGGAUUCACGUAUGGAUCUCGUACAGGGAUACGUUUGUUGCCGUCCAACCAUAGAAAUGACUUCGGAAUUGCCGCUGCAAGAAGAUGAUGAUCAAGGAAACAAUGAAGUAGAAAGUGACGCUAAUCCAUCUAAUAACGAUAAUUCUGGCGAGUGUUCAAAGGCCCAACAAGAAACGCAACAUUUUGGAAAAUCAUUGACAAGGCAAACAUCUAAGAGCCGAUCUAAUUACACUGUAAAUGGUUCGGUAAAAGUUGGUCCUCAAGAUUGUGCGAAUACUUUGAUGACCAUUGCGCCGACAGAAGGUAAUCUACCAAGAAGCGAAACAAUAGCUUCGUUUGGUCAUCGUCCAUACUCUGGCGAUUUGUCAACGAUGCACGGUCAAUGCGAGAAUCCUGAUAAGGAGAAGGAGGGCGCAUCAUUCUGCAGGAAAUGCGAUCACUGUAUGAAGAAAUAAUAAAUUUAAUGAUAUAGUUAGCCAAAUAAAUGUAAUCGUUGACGCGUCAGUUCUCGACUGAGUGUACUCCUUUAUGUCUUUGAUGGAUUCUAUGUUAUUUAAAUUCAAGCAUGGCGCCCAGUGACAAAUUAUUAAAAAUAAUGUAAUCAACUGCGAUUAUAAAUCUGAAUUUACUGUCCGAA